AUGGCUGCAGAGCCAGAAAUGAAAACGAUGGAUGGAGAGAAAGAGGAGGAGUCUCCAAUUGAGGAAGUGCGGUUGACGGUGACCAACACCGACGACCCGACCCUACCCGUUUGGACCUUUCGGAUGUGGUUCUUGGGUGUGUUAUCCUGUUCCCUCUUGUCCUUCUUCAACCAGUUCUUCGCGUACCGAACGGAGCCACUCAUCAUAACCCAAAUCCCUGUUCAGGUCGCCACACUCCCCCUCGCCCACCUCAUGGCUUCAAUCCUCCCAACCACUACGUUCCGGAUCCCCGGGUUCGGGUCGAAACAGUUCUCGGUCAAUCCGGGUCCCUUUAACAUGAAGGAGCACGUCCUCAUCACCAUAUUCGCCAAUGCUGGGAGGAGCGCAUUCGGAUCCGGGUCGCCGUUCGCUGUCAGCAUCGUGAACAUCAUAAAAGCUUUUUAUGGAAGGAAAAUCUCGUUUCUGGCUUCGUGGCUUCUCAUCAUUACCACUCAGGCACUGGGGUACGGGUGGGCGGGGUUGCUGAGGAAGUAUGUGGUGGAGCCUGCCCAUAUGUGGUGGCCCAGCACCCUCGUCCAAGUCUCUCUUUUCCGAGCUUUGCAUGAGAAAGAUGACCACAGACUUUCACGGGCAAAGUUUUUCUGCAUUGCACUAGUUUGCAGUUUUUCAUGGUAUCUGAUCCCUGGAUACUUCUUCUCAACACUUACAAGCAUAUCAUGGGUUUGCUGGAUAUUCUCCAAGUCAGUCACAGCUCAGCAGAUAGGCUCAGGCAUGAAUGGCUUAGGACUUGGUGCUCUAACACUAGAUUGGUCUGCUGUGGCUUCAUUCUUGUUCAGCCCUCUUAUCUCACCCUUCUUUGCCAUUGUUAACGUUUUUGUGGGCUAUGUAUUGAUGGUCUACGUUGUGAUUCCUAUAACAUACUGGGGCUUCAAUGUGUACAGUUCAAAUAGGUUCCCCAUUUUCUCUGCAGACUUGUUCACAGCCCAAGGCCAACCAUACAACAUAUCUGCUAUUGUCAAUGAAAAGUUUGAGCUAGAUCCUGUAAAGUAUCACGAGCAAGGUCGAAUUCAUCUAAGUGUGUUUUUUGCCAUCACUUAUGGAUUUGGAUUUGCCACCAUAGCAUCCACCCUUACACAUGUUGCUUGCUUCUAUGGAAGGGAGAUUAUGGAGCGGUACUGUGCUUCUGCAAGGGGCAAAGAAGAUAUCCACACAAAACUGAUGAGAAAAUACAAAGACAUACCUUCUUGGUGGUUUUUUGUGUUGCUGGGCGUGACGCUUGUGGUUUCUCUCAUACUAUGCAUCUUUCUUAAUGACCAGAUUCAGAUGCCGUGGUGGGGACUUAUCUUUGCUUCAGCCUUGGCCUUUAUAUUUACCCUCCCAAUUAGCAUCAUAACUGCCACCACAAACCAGACACCAGGGUUGAAUAUCAUUACCGAGUAUAUCUUUGGUAUCAUUUACCCCGGAAGACCAAUAGCAAAUGUAUGCUUCAAAACUUACGGUUACAUAAGCAUGUCUCAGGCUGUCUCCUUCCUCAGUGAUUUCAAACUUGGGCACUACAUGAAGAUCCCUCCACGAUCAAUGUUCUUAGUUCAGUUCAUUGGUACAAUACUUGCUGGAACUAUCAACAUUGGUGUAGCAUGGUGGUUGCUGAUCUCUAUCAAUAACAUAUGUCAUGAAGAUCUUCCCCCAGGUAGUCCAUGGACAUGUCCCAGUGACCGAGUUUUCUUUGAUGCAUCAGUUAUUUGGGGUCUGGUAGGACCAAAGCGAAUCUUUGGUUCUAAAGGAGACUACAAAGCAAUGAAUUGGUUUUUCCUUGGUGGUGCAAUAGGUCCCAUAAUAGUUUGGUUAUUACAUAAGGCAUUCCCCAAGCAAUCAUGGAUUCCCUUAAUUAAUCUUCCAGUCCUCCUGGGAGCAACUGGAAUGAUGCCACCAGCAACAGCAUUGAACUACAAUUCCUGGAUUUUAGUUGGAACAAUUUUCAACUUCUUUAUCUUCCGUUAUAGAAAGAAAUGGUGGCAGAGAUACAACUAUGUUCUGUCAGCAGCACUUGAUGCCGGGGUUGCUUUUAUGGCUGUAUUGCUUUACUUUACACUUGGCCUGGAAAACAAAAGUUUUACUUGGUGGGGAACUGAUGGUGAGCAUUGUCCUCUGGCAACUUGCCCAACAGCUAAGGGCAUAGUGGUUGAUGGUUGCCCUUUAAACUAUUGA